AGGAAAGUCAAGGAAAGAUAUUGGGGCACAUUCAUUCAUUUAUUUCUCCAUCCAUCCGUGCGUCACUCAGCCAGCAAACAUCUGUUGAAUUUCUAUUAGGCAUUACACUUGGGACACUAGGGAUAGAACAGUUACCAAGCUUCGGCGAGCACAGCCAAUCUUCAGCAUUCCCAGGUGACUGAAGAGUUCCAGUGCGGAUCUGUGUAGCCAGGGGGUACAAGCCCUUCUGUUUGCAAGGGCCUGCUGCCGGGGCACCUGUCUUCCCCAGAGCCCAGUGCUUUAAGCAUCUGGCCCCGGCUCCUGUUGCAGCCCGAAAUAAGGCUGUGACCCACGGACAAGACAAGAAUGAUUCUUGUCAGCUGAAGCCAGAACUGGCUGUAGGGCACACACCGCCUGCUGACCGCUGACCUGAGAGACUGCAAUAGACCCUGGCCAUAGAACACUCCAGCUCCCCGACUGGAGUGUUAAUCUUGAGGGUCUGACAUUUCUUCCCACCUACUGUGGCCCCAGCAGGAUGAUCCCCAAGGAGCAGAAGGAGCCAGUGAUGGCUGUCCCGGGGGACCUUGCCGAACCAGUCCCUUCGCUGGACCUGGGGAAGAAACUGAGUGUGCCUCAGGACCUGAUGAUAGAGGAGCUGUCUCUACGAAACAACCGCGGAUCCCUCCUCUUUCAGAAGAGGCAGCGCCGGGUGCAGAAGUUUACCUUUGAGCUAUCGGAAAGUUUGCAGGGCAUCCUGGCAGGUAGUGCCCGAGGGAAAGGGGCUGGCGGAGCAUCGCAGGCGCAGGCGACGGUUCCCAAUGGCCUGCAGGAGCAGAACCACCACUCCGAGACGCACGUGUUCCAGGGGUCAUCUGGGGACUCCGGGAUGGCCCAUCUGGGAGUGGCUGGAACUGGGUCCGUCCGUAGUCCAAGCGCCCUGGCACCAGGCUAUGCGGAGCCACUGAAGGGCGUCCCACCGGAGAAAUUCAACCACACCGCCAUCCCCAAAGGCUACCGUUGCCCUUGGCAGGAGUUCAUCAGCUACCGAGACUACCCGAGUGGCAGCAGAAGUCACACUCCCAUCCCCCGCGACUAUCGCAACUUCAACAAGACCCCAGUGCCAUUUGGAGGACCCCACGUGGGGGAGGCCAUUUUCCACACAGGCACCUCCUUUGUCCCGGAGCCCUUCAGUGGCUUGGAACUUCUCCGCCUCAGACCCAAUUUCAACAGGGUUGCUCAGGGCUGGAUUCGAAAGCUCCCCGAGUCUGAGGAGCUGUAGCCUCAGCCUGAAGCUACAAUUCCCUGGGCUUGAGGCUCAAGCAACACCAUACUCGUCUUGACUUUGCUUGCUUGCUUUUCUUUCUUCUUUCUUUCCUCCUAUGCGCCCUCCCCCAGUACUUCUUUCCUCCCUUUACUGAGACAGGAUCUCACUCUGUAGCCUAGAUUGGCCUGGAACUUGUAGCCCAGGCUGGCCCUGCCUCAGCUUCCCAAAGUGCUAGGAUUACAAAGUGAGCAUGUGAGGCUGACUUUAGCUUGUGAAGAGCUUUUGCUCCCCGAACAUUAUUAGAUAUAGCAGUUCAAAGGCCAGUGAGUUCAUUAAUCCUCAAAGCAGAUGUGCACCAAACAUUGGAUCUAAUGUGGAUUUGGAACCUGCCCUAGACUCACAGUCUCAGAUUGGCCUGUGAUAGGAGCUAGGAUCAAGUCCUCCAGGUGACCUGGGUACCCUGCCUGCGAUGUGUCUAUAGGAAGUUAUAGCCAUGCCUACCUCUGCUUGGCUCCAGCAGCUGUCACUUACCUGAUGACAGAAUGCUCAGUAGUAGUCCAUCUGCGCAUAGAUUGUUCUGAUUAUUAGGAAGGAGUAACUUGGGAAUGCAGCUGUUUGUAGAAUGCUUGCCCAAUAUGCCUAACAUGCACAAAGCCCUCGCCUUGAUCCCUAGCACAUUAACUAGGCAUAGUGGGGUAUGUCUAAAAUCCCAGCUCUUGGGAGAUAGAGGCAGGACGACUAGAAGUUUGAGGCCAUCCUUGACUAGAUAGUGAAUUUAAGGCCAGCCUGGGCUAUACAAGACUAUCUUAGAAGAAAAAGAGCUAUAACUCAGGCUGGCCAUGAUCUGUAGCAGAGGAUAACCUUGAAUUGAUACUUCUGCCUCCCUCUCCCAACUGAUUGACAGACCCCGUGACUUCCCACUUACUUAGACUCAGUUGGCUUUCAUCUGCACACGUGCUCCAUGCCAGACAGUGCCAGGCCCAAGUCUCAAGAAGGACAUGAUAGGGAGGAGAUUAGCAAGGCAGUUUAUCCUGACAGCUGAGAGCACAAUGACCUGGAAGAGAAGAACCCUGAGGGAGCUGGUGAGAUUCCAGAAACUUCCCAGAAGGCUCGAACCAGACCUUAGGGAAGGGACAAGAGCUCACUGAGGAGAGUUGUGAUAAAAGGUCGUUUUCGGUAUGUGUUGAGCUGGGAGUUAAAGUGUGGUGUGUUGGAGAGAGAAGAGGUUGUAGUAGAGACAGAGGCUCUACUGGGGAAAGGGGCAAGGAGUUAGCAAUGGCCUCAUUGGUUGCUGUGUGAUGCCCAGGAGCAAUGCUAGAUAGACAUCAGGAAGUUCACAAGGGGCAAGGGCUGGAACAGGAGGGGAUAAAAGGGGGUGGAAGUGUCAGCCUGUGAUGUCCUUUAUAGAACAGGUACAAAAUGGAACACAUGACACCAUCCUCCAUUCUGAACAGAUCCUAGCCCAAGUGAUGGUGAUAGUGAAGGGUGACAAUGUCUUGGUAGCUUUCUCCAGACCCCAUUCCAUAGAUGUGGCUAUCCAUUCUCUAGAAGGAAAGGAGCAGAGUUGAAGAAGCAAGGGUCCAUCAAGGACUCCCGUCAAAAAGAGGGCCAUUGCUCUGGCUGAGCUGAUGCUCACUCAUUCUGAAACUGUGGGACAGUGUCCUGCUUUGUGAUUUAGGGUUUAAUAGUGGGGGCUUGCACAUCCUACUAGCUGGGAUUUGAUUCAUCUGAGUGGUAUGAACUUGGGAAAGGCAUUUCACACUGAGCCUCUGCUUCUCUACCUGUAAGACAAGGACAAGUAUAGGCCUUUGCAGGGCUUGAGAGCAAGUAUAGGAUAGUCGCAGGGCCUCCAUGUUAGGUUUCUUGCCCCACCCGUUCUGUUGGAAUAGAUCUGCCGUGGAUGAUGCCAUUUAUAAAGCAGGCUGUGAGAAUGCAGGAUUCAGGUCAGUCAAUGUGAGGCUGAUGAUGGAAGGUUCCAGGCUGGACAGCACAGUGGAUGUUUAUUCUGUGGAGUUUUACUGCCCUUCCUGGUUCCCGGGAACCAGUAGCCUGAAUCUUGGGAUUCCUCACAGUUGGUGUUUUCUCUUGGAUUUGGGGCUGUCAAAGCCAAGUUGCCAUAAUCUAAAGACCAACAACCAUCUGGCUAGUAGGAGGACUUGGAUGGCUUGUGCAGCUCUCUGGAAGGAAACCUACCUGACAAACAGAGGAAAGAUUCUGGAAGGUAGGGUCCUGCACUCCAAAGUAGGUCCUCAUUCCUUCUCCGUACGUGUUUCUUGCUACUUAAUAGUGACCAGUAUCUGUCUGACAUGGCCCAUACCAUGCACCUUCUCCCUUGUACCUCCUCCAUUCCUACAGACUGCAGGCAAACCACUGGUCUUUAAUGGAACCACCCUACACGUGCUGUUAUCCAACAAGGAAAUGUUUGGAUACUGAGAAAGCAAAUAAACAUUUCAAGAAUUUCGGGGACCUAACAAGUCCCUCAUCGAAUCUAA